AUGCACUAUUUCUUCUUAAAUUUACAACUGGUCUGCUUUCUUAGUCUAUUCUACGGCGGACUUUGUGAAUUGCAGACUUCAUGUCAAAGUGGAAAAGCGAUAUGUUGUUCAAGCGGUUUUAUUCCAACGGCCUUUUCCCUAACACCUUCAGUCGUCCAUCUCGGAUUGUCGCAAUUAGAUAUUCGAAGUAACGAUCACGAUGUUAGGCUUGAAGUGUCUGCACAAUCGAUUACGCCUUAUGGAUUCAAUGUUCACUUCAGUUCUUGGGCCGACUCGAUCACCCAUAGUGCAGGUGUCAAUUGGCUAGCAUGUCUAUAA